AUGGAUCCCAAUUUGUUGAGGGAAUGUGCCCAGCGUCUAAUUGAAACAGCGGAUUUUAUCUGGGGUUCAGGAGUUAAUGGCGGAUCCGUUGCAUCAUCAAGCGCACCAUCGAACACAUCCAACACACGUCCGCGAACUGACGACAGCACCUCCAUAUCGAGCGGGUCUUCUGGUUCACAUCGUGCCGUUCCAAAUACCGCUCCCUCUGUUUCAGAAAGUGCUUGGCAAGAGCACAACCGUAUCUUUGGAUACAGGCCACCGGGAUCUUCGAGACAAGGUCGAAAUUUCCCGAGAAAUUCAAGGCAAAGUGGUCGUAACGGUAAAGCACAUGGUCGUGCUGCUGCGAACGCCUCCUGGUCGCGGUCUUUCAUUUGCCUGGCCAACGCGGGUCAGGGUUGCCCUCCAUCGACCAGCGAGCGGAUCGAGCUCAAUUUGAAUGGGCUGGGUGAGAAAAAAAUUAUUUUCCCGAAAGACGGUGAUGCGGGAAUGUUCAUGAAAAGAUUCUCGAAUGCUUUCCCGCGCUUCGCGCAGGUUACGAGC